GUACGGGACUUUAGUUAGCGGUGCUCCUCGCUGUGUGAACGCCGGGCAGCUCCAACAGUUUGCCGUCAUCAAUACCUGUGAGCCUGAUGUAGCAGACAUCGUCUCCUCUGCAAUGAAGGGAAUCUGCUCCAGUGUCAUGAUUUCAGACUAAAGUGCAGCUGAAGGAAUAUAUGGUGUUUCUCAAAGACAGAAAGGAUCAUUCCGUAGUCGAGAGGAUCUUUCAAAAGCCGGGUCACACGGAGGAGUCGAGAUUCCUUCUGAAAAAUCAGGUGAACCACAAGAGUGAGUCACACAAGGCUGGCAGACAUCCGUGCUGAUGACCAGCGUGGCCACUUGUUCCUGAAUGAGAGAUGCAUGCUCCCUCUUUGGAUUCAUCCCACUGACCACUACAGAGCCCGUCAAACCCUCCUGUCCUAUCUCCCACUCCCACUGCUCCCCACUAUACUGUGUCCUUGUCCUCUUUCCUCCACUGUUAUAGUCUAGUUGAGAUUAGGGCUGAACAACUAAUCAUUUUCAAAUUCCUAUGGCUGCAGUUUAAUGGUUCAAUAUUUGAUUGUUCUAUAUUCUUAGCAAAUUAAAACAAAGUAAUACAUUAAAAACAACAUCAUGUCCUUGACUCCCCAACCUUGGUCCAGUGUGUAGAAUUUGGGGGGAUCAAUAAACAAAAAUUUAAUAAAAAAAAAAAAAAAAUGACCUUACUUUUCCAUGCUUUGUUGUACCAUAUUUCAUUUGGUUACAAAAAGCAACUUGAUAAAUCCUACACACUAGUCCUUUAAUGUUUUGGGGGUGUUGUGUUCUAAUGCUCCAUCGUAUUUUGAAUUUAUUACACAAUGAAUAUUGAACUUAAAUUGCAAAUAGCAAUUGCAAUUCCUCGAUAUUUCCCCACAUCGUUCAGCCCUAGGUGAGAUCUUCUGCAUGUCUAACUGAUAGCAGACUCUUUUUUAAUAAUAAUUUCACUCCCUGGUUGUCAUGAGAGGUCAUCAGGGCCACUUGCAGCAGGGGGGCGACAUGCACAGUGAGACAGAGGAAGUGGGUCCCAGUUCAGGUCAUGGAGGUAGGAGCGAGGCAGGAGGGUCACAGAGGCGAGGGUUGCAGAAGGCCUUCUCCCAGUCAGAACGCCUCUCUUUCAGUAAAAUGAGCCACAACACCAGGGAAAGCAUGGGGGUUCUUGGCCAGGGACUGAAACAGCUGUUCCGCCAGCAGCGUAAACACCUCUCUCACUCCGCCGUCCCCUCCUCAUCUUCCUCCUCGUCUUCCUCCGUAGUGUCAGCAGGCGACACCUCCCCCUCUGCCCCCGAGGAUGCCGUUGGGUGCCGCUGUCCUGACUCUGACCGCCUCUCUGCUCCUGUGGUUCCCUCUGCAGCUGGCCACAGCUCGGCGGCUGCAGGCAUGAUGAGGCGCGGGACCAGCCUGCAGAGCCGGCGCAGUAAGGGGUCGGGAUCUGGGAGCGGAGACCGCGAUCCUCUCCUGAAAGGUAGCCCACAGGCCCCGCGCCGCCGCUAUACCACUGAUCCACAGCAGUAUAUUAGCCGUCCGCGGUCCUCUUCCACGACCGACACCACCACCGCCAGCAGCCCUGUCCCCGUUAACACCGGCAGUGAUGUGGUGCUGUCAUCGGGGUACCAGUCCACCGAGGAGACGGACAGGAUCGACCGGCUGGAGGUGAGUGGACUCGGCCAAACGCCGCUGGCCGUGUCUUGCGGGACCGACGGCUCGUUUGCGGGGGCCGAGGACGCGGUCCUCGACCCUCAGCGCACUAAGCAGGCGAUCGCCCAGCUGCAGCAGAAAAUCCUCAAGCUCACGGAGCAGAUUAAGAUCGAGCAGACGGCCAGGGACGACAACGUCGCCGAGUACCUCAAACUGGCCAACAAUGCCGACAAACAGCAAAGCACACGCAUCAAACAGGUCUUUGAGAAGAAGAACCAGAAGUCGGCGCAGACCAUCCAGCAGCUGCAAAGGAAGCUGGAGCACUACCACCGCAAGCUGCGAGAAGUCGAGCACAAUGGCAUCGCACGCCAACCCAAGGAUGUUCUGCGGGACAUGCAGCAGGGGCUGAAGGACGUCGGGGCCAAAGUCACGGGCUUCAGUGAAGGCGUGGUGGACAGUGUGAAGGGAGGCCUGUCCAGCUUCUCGCAUGCCACGCAUUCUGCUGCGGGCGCCGUCGUUUCCAAACCUCGAGAGAUCGCCUCGCUGAUUCGCAAUAAAUUCGGCAGCGCUGACAACAUCCCGUCCCUCAAAGACUCUCUGGACGAUCCCUCAGUGGAAGAUGGUGUGCCCGUGGCUGGUGGACGGUCCCUGGGCAUCGCUGGGCAUCACCUCCAGUCCAGUCCUAAGUAUGGUAGUGAGGAUGACUGCUCGAGUGCUACGUCGGGCUCGGCGGGGGCCAACAGCACCACAGGGGCCCCCGGUGGCCCCCCUAGUUCUAGGGGCAACACACUGGAGAGGAGCCAGAGCUCCGGCCUGGAUAUGCUGCUGCAGGAGGUACAGGACCUGAGGGAGGGUCAGGCGAGGCUAGAGGAGAGCCUGGAUGGCUUGAAGACCCACUAUCAGAGGGACUACACAGUUGUUAUGCAAGCAUUACAGGAGGAACGCUUCAGGUGUGAACGUCUGGAGGAGCAGCUGAACGACCUGACAGAACUCCACCAGAACGAGAUCCUCAACCUCAAACAGGAGCUGGCCAGCAUGGAGGAGAAGAUCGCUUACCAGUCUUACGAGCGAGCCAGAGACAUCCAGGAGGCGUUAGAGGCCUGUCAGACCAGGAUCUCUAAGAUGGAGCUCCAGCAGCAGCAACAGCAGGUCGUCCAGUUGGAGGGGCUGGAAAAUGCCACGGCCAGGACCCUCCUGGGAAAACUUAUCAAUGUGCUGCUGGCCCUUAUGGCCGUCCUUCUGGUCUUUGUCUCAACUGUGGCCAACUGUGUGGUCCCCCUGAUGAAGACCCGCUCGCGCUCCCUCACCACCCUCCUCCUCAUCCUCCUGCUGGCCUUCUUGUGGAGAAACUGGGACGCGCUCUCGGGCUACACACACCGAGCCCUGCAGCCUCCCGGGUGACCAGACCCCGCGCCCUGUGAUGUAACUGUUAGCCCGCCGCCGCGCGGGGCGGUCAAGGAACACGAUUGCCGUCAGACUAGCCGUGUGGCCGAGCACUGAAAAUUUCGGCUGAGCACUUUCGGACGCGCCAUGGAAUCAAGACGGAGUGGAAGAAACAGCUGAUGAAUUUUAAUUCAGAAGGAAGAGACUGUUUACAUUUUUUUUUUUUUUUUUAAAUGAACUGUAUUGCGCACACAAUGUGGCACCUGUACUGUUUUUAUCUUUUAGAGUUUAAUCAGUUUUAAUGUUAAUAUUUCUAAUAAUAUUAUUUUUAUUUUCAAUGUUAUUUUAUUCAGUACCUUGUAGCAUUACGCUCCUCUGACUCGACAUGAAGGGGAGUUCAGUCAGGAAACCGGGCUGGCGAUUAGCUCCAAUAGCCUGGUCCAAGUGUUGACAUGCAAAUGUGAUCAUGUGGUCGACUGCCUUUAGGAAGAGAACACUCACCUAGCUGUGACCGGUGGAUUUGACCCGUGGCUGAAAGAAAACGUCCUGGGAGUUACUUGCUGUGAUGAAUCGUGUUUGAGAAGGACUGUCCAAGGAAUGAGAGUGUCACGACUUUUGUGCUUCCUUUACCAUUUCUAAUAUCAAAGAUUACAAGUCUUUUUAAUUAUUUCCUUUUCUUUCCAAGUGUAACAGGACAAACCAUAUUUAAUAUUGAAGUUGGAAAGACAAAAAGGGGGCCGGGCCUUAGAGAGCGACCGCAGAGACGGCACACGGACACAGACGCUCUCUGGUUAUCGUCAAUCUGACGUAUUUGUAACGUGUAUUCGAUACUGCAUGUGUCCAUGAAGAAAAAUCACAAUGCAAUGGAGUCACUUUUGCUUUUAAAGGAGAAGAUCAACGUCAAAGUAAAAUCAAUUUGCCGGGGUCAUUCCCCCCCCCCCCCCCCGACCGUAGUUGAUCAGGUUAGGAGAGACAGACGGCCGGUCCUUUUGCAGGUCCUUGCUGCUUCAUAUCUACAGUGCUCGUCAUCUCCACUGCCACGCCAGUCCAAAAAUGCACUGCCAGACUGUGACACUGAACUGUUCCCUGCCUUUUUUUACUCCCACGUACUGUCACUCAGUGCCAAACCUUAUUUAACCCAACUGAAGACCCCGUUCACACCCGGUAUUAGCAUCCGUCCUGAGUGAUCUGAUACUGAAUGUGUCCUCGCAUCUGAGGUGGUUUGAGGACACAUUCCUGAGCAUGCAAGAACACAAACUGUCCUCAGGACACAUUAGGACACAUUAGGUCCGGCUUCCUCAGCUGACAUCAUCUGACUGUCGGCUGUAGUGUCACAGUGUUUUUGCUCAUUUAUUUAUAGCUGCCACCACAACUUUUUUAAUGUUACAGCAGCGCGAGUAGACACGCUCGCUUUCACGCUCUCAAACACACUGGCAGGAGACACGUCUGUGGUUACAAACAUGAUUUUGUUUCCUUGCACUUUAAUCUCCAGUCCCAGUUUGCAAGCACCAGCGGGGAACCUGGGAUUUAUUAAGUAGAGUGUGUCUGACUCCACUACACGAGGUGGCUAUUAGGCUUUUAACCUAUCACGUAGCAGCGUGUGGAGAAAGUAAUGUAAACUGAUGGAGGAGGAACUUUGUCUCCUUGCCAGUCCAAAAAAAAUGUACCCACCUCAUCUUUUGCCAGUUUUUUUUCUCACUAUUGUUUUCUUCUGUGGAGCAGCUGCUUAUUUUAUUUCUGGGUCAAAGCCUGGGGUGGGAAGUUUGGAACAACUCGCAGCCACAUUAUCUCUUAAGUCCGGUUAUCAGUAGAAUUAACACAAUAAUUCUGUAUUUGUCUCACGUCAUUUAAACUUAUAUUAUAUUGACUUGUGUAUUUGAAUAGAGGGGCGGGGAAGUCGUACUUUGGACUCUUCACAUGUCAUGGAUGUUAAUAUAAGGUCUGAACGGGGGCUAAAGGGUCCAACCAGAGGAGCGACGUGAGAAUGUUCUCAGACGGUUUCGUGAAUGUCUUUGCCUGGAUGUCAAGAAUGUAAUAUGUUGGCGAAACAUAACUUUUAAAGGCAAAAAUAAGACACAGAGAGAGAGAGAUUAUGAAUUAGUCUUGAUACAAAGUUGAAUCCAGUUCCUAGGUUGCACCUUAGUAGGGUCUUUCUUACGCUCGCCCUCUUUCUGAGCUGCUCAAGGACGCGGCAGGAUAACCUGAGUUAACACUGAAAAUCCACCCUCGUUUAAUUUACGGCUGCACCUCAGCACAGCGACGGAUGAUAGUCAGGCUGAGGCGUGAGGAACCUUUGAUGGCGACUUCUUCACUGGGAUAAGAAGAGUCGAUUCAGGUCAGGAUCACGUUCCGCUCUCAUCAAAAAAAAAAAGAAGACAGAACAGAACCUCACACAAAGAAGGAGUUCACUUUAUCUCUUUUCUUGUCAAAAUGUCAAAUGUGGAAUAAAAAAAAUAAAAAAAUGGCAGGAAGUAGAUUUAUCUGUUAAGUGUUUGCCACUGUCGGUGCCGCACACGAGUUGAGAGAGAAAGAGUGAUUUGACCUUGGCUUGACCUUGCAGUAUCUUUUUUGUGACGUAGGGUUGUGUGCUAAAUCACUCUAGUGCCUUCUGAUGUCCUUUUCUAAGUGUGGAAUAAAGUGCAUUCCUGACUAA